AUGGAGCUCAUAUAUAUCGGACUAGGAGUUCCGGACACCGUGAGAAAACUGAUGAUCGAUCUGCUGGGACCAGGUGAAAUUGAAGUGAGAACAUCAUUCGGAUGGAUUGCCACAGGGGAGCGUGAAUUCGGCAUCGGUCAGGGCUCGAUCCUCGCUAUUCUACACAUCGGAGUGUACAUGGAUUGUCUACAAGAGCAGCUCGAGAAAUGCGUAGACCCUGUCGUGAUCAGACAUAGUCAGAAAGGCCACGGAAUUAACAUUGCCAGCACCAUGUUUGUGGACGAUCAACUGGACGUGACAACAUCAUAUAAUGGGCUGGUGGAUCGUGCGAGGGUCUCCAAUAUGUUUACUGGUAAAUAUGCCACAGGAGGUGUUUUCGGCUCAGCGAAGUCAUUUCAGAUGUAUCUCGCUAGGUCCACGGAGCAUUACCCAGCGGUGCACUUAAAUGGAAUACCACAACCAGUGCAAAUUGUGUCACCAGAGCAAGGCUUUAAACAUCUUGGUAUAUAUCAAGGCGGAGAGGACCAGUGGGCGGCGUCGCUCGAAUCAACAUGGCAACGAACAGUGUCGGACGCCGAUCGAGUACAGCGUCUAGGGCUUUCGCUACCAGAAUUCCGUUACGUGGUGAGCCAUAUAUGGAUCCCUCGAUUGCGCUACCGCAUGGUUCUUGGCGGGUCCGUAGACGUAGCAGCAAAGGUGGAUAUAUUCAUCCGUCAAGUGGCGAGAUCGGUGCUACGACUGCCGUUCAACGUGAAUACAGCUGUGUUCUAUGAUAAAGAGAAUGGCCUGGGUCUGGAAAGCUGCGAGGCUGACGCGAAUACGUACCGCUUAGUGGAGGCGCUACGUAUCUUAAACUCAUUGUCUCUCCCGGUCCGUCAUGUUCUGACAGAGUGUUUAGAGGCAUACCAAACCCGAGCUGGAUUGACACGGCACCCGCUAGCUUACCCCAUCGCUCCACCGAGAGGUGCUCGGUCUUGGACUGCUCAGCUGAUCCGCCACGCGGCGUCGUUUGAUCCACCGCUCACCAUGGCAGUGGAGUGGACACAGCCACUCCAAACCCGUUCUAGCCGUAGCAAUGAUCGACCUCUCAUCGACUACACUCCCCCGGAGCAGCAGUGUUCUCUCGUCGCCAUCAACUGGAAGGUGGCCUUCAAAUAG